AUGGCUCCAUCCAACGGUCCAUAUAAUCUCGGCUGGUUUUCGUGCCACCGACUAGACGAGUCAGCAGCAUCAAGGCUGCAAUCCUCCCUCAGGUUCAAAUUAUCCUUCCUGGUGCUCCGCUCCGCUCCUCCUCGCCGGCCGGCCAUCGCCGCCGCCUCGCCGGGGAAGGGAAGGGAGGAGGAGCCGAUGAAGCGCGGGACCAACAGCGCGUGCGACCUCCGCGCCGUCUCUCUCCCCCAGCCCCGGAGCGGCGGCGGGAGGGCCGGCGCGCCCCCUGCUUCCUCCUCCGCGGCGUCGGCGGCGGGGAAUCCGCCCCAGGCGGCGCCGUCGCAGCAGCAGCAGGCCUUCUCGCUCCCGCGCCCGAAGCUGCCGCGGCUCCCGGAGUCGGAGGCCUUCGUCGACCAGACCCGGAUUUGGCUUGCAUGAUGACUCGUCGGAGAGGAUGCCUCCAUUUCCUCCCACUUCAGCGUCUCGUGCACAAGAAGAACCCCAGCAGCAGCAACCUGUGAUCAUUCCCAGAAGCACUACCCUGCGCUGGAACCCCUCUCCUACAGACACUAGAUGUCGGGUUAACGACGACGCUGAGUGCAGGUUUCAGCAGCUGUCAGGUUCAGUACACAAGGUGGGGAUGGUAUUGGACUCGGUACAAACUGAUGUUAUUCAGUUAAACAGAACCAUGAAGGACGCAUCAGUUGAAUCUGGUGGUGUGCAGCAGAAGUUUGAUCUCCUAGAGGAUACACUUCAGAAAAUUAUUAAAGGACAAAAUGAUCUCAAAGUACUUGCUGAAAACAGCAUGAAAAGCAACUCUGAUCAGCUGAAUGUUCUCAACUCUCGCACCAGCAAAUUGAAUGAGAUGUCUUUGGUCGUUUCAGUCUGCCCAAAACAAGUGCAAGCAGAUUUAAGGGAGCUGCAUGGUGACAUCUUCAGGGUUCUUACAAAGGACAUGGAGGGGGUUGUUAGAGAUAUCAGGUCUCUGAAUACUAGGCCUGCUGCAAUGCCGAUGCUGCCACUGAAGGACAAGAACUUCUCCCCCAAUAAAAGACUACAGAGAAACCAAGUGGUGGCAAAAGGAAUUCCCCUGAUGAACGGAGUGUCUGUAGCGAAUAGAAGACCUACAAUGAACCAGACACCAGUAGCAAAUGGACGACCCCUGAUGAACCAAACACCAGUGAAAAAUGGAAGCCCCAUGAUCAUCAACCAGGCUCCAUUAGGAGGUGGAAGGUCCCAGCUGAAACAAACACCAGUUACACCCCAGAGGGAUCUAACACCAGAGAUAAAUGGAAGGCCCCAGAAGGACCGAAUACCAGUAGCAGAUGGAAGUCCCCAUAUGGAACAAAUUCCGCCAACAAAACCCCUUCCUGCACGUUCCACUUAUGCUACGAGGGCGUCAGUUCUGAAGCCAAAGGUAGAACAGGGUAUGGUAAAAGCAGCUCACAUGGUUGGUACAAACUACAGGCUAGCACCUGCACAGAAAGAGAAGUUGAAUCAAAAGGUCAAUCCCCAAGAGCCAACUAAGAAGGAACCAGUUAAAAUAAUCAUCGGUUCAGAUAAUGACAGUAAAUGGUGCACUACCCGUGCGAUUCUCAACAUGGAACCAGCUGACCUGAUGAAGGAAGUCGGCAGCGAGUCUGGCCCACCGCUUGUGUGGGGGGUGAGGAAGAUGAGGACGAGCAGCGAGACGCUGCCCAUUGAUGCGGCCACCUUGCUGCCAGGAGAAGGGGAGAAGAGGAGGCGGGGACCUGGACGAGACGCACAGAAGGGCGAGGCUGUUCAUGCGGUUGAAGCCGCUCCAGCAAAGCGGGCUCACCGGUUCAACCCCAAGUACGACGCGACCUGUGGAUCACCUACUGAGGCGGCCCGAGAAGCCACGUCGGCGCCGGGCACACUGAUAAAAUGAUGGUUGUUCGACUUUGGCAACAUCAUCAAUGCACAUAGUAUCGUUUCACCUAUGACCCACACAACUCAAACAUAGUAUCGUUUCAACUCACACAUGUACAUCAUUUCAACUGUUGUUUACACAUGAGGAACUGACAGCAGAAUUGCAAAUGAGGCACUACAGCUAGCACUUGCAAUAUAGUACCACGAUGAGCUUC